CCUUUUUUCUUUGGUUGCUCCCCCAGAGACCCUCAUGGACACAAAAUGGGUGACAUCUGAGUUGGGGUGGACAUCUCAUCCAGAAAGUGGGUGGGAAGAGGUGAGUGGCUACGACGAGGCCAUGAACCCCAUCCGCACGUACCAGGUGUGUAACGUGCGCGAGUCAAGCCAGAACAACUGGCUCCGCACAGGGUUCAUCUGGCGGCGAGAUGUGCAGCGGGUCUACGUAGAGCUCAAGUUCACUGUGCGCGACUGCAAUAGCAUCCCCAACAUCCCCGGCUCCUGCAAGGAGACCUUCAACCUUUUCUACUACGAGGCUGACAGCGAUGUGGCCUCGGCCUCCUCCCCCUUCUGGAUGGAGAAUCCCUACGUAAAGGUGGACACCAUCGCGCCCGAUGAGAGCUUCUCGAGGCUCGAUGCCGGCCGCGUCAACACCAAGGUGCGCAGCUUUGGGCCGCUGUCCAAGGCCGGCUUCUACUUGGCCUUCCAGGACCAGGGUGCCUGCAUGUCACUCAUCUCCGUGCGUGCCUUCUAUAAGAAGUGUGCAUCCACCACUGCAGGCUUCGCCCUCUUCCCAGAGACCCUCACUGGGGCCGAGCCCACCUCACUGGUCAUUGCCCCUGGCACCUGUAUCGCUAACGCUGUAGAGGUGUCGGUGCCCCUCAAGCUCUACUGCAACGGUGACGGGGAGUGGAUGGUGCCUGUGGGCGCCUGCACCUGUGCCACCGGCCAUGAGCCAGCUGCCAAGGAGUCCCAGUGCCGUCCCUGUCCCCCUGGGAGCUUCAAGGCGAAGCAGGGAGAGGGGCCCUGUCUCCCCUGCCCCCCCAACAGCCGCACCACCUCGCCAGCCGCCAGCAUCUGCACCUGCCACAAUAACUUCUACCGUGCAGAUUCGGACUCUGCAGACAGUGCCUGUACCACUGUGCCAUCCCCACCUCGGGGUGUGAUCUCCAAUGUGAAUGAGACCUCGCUGAUCCUCGAGUGGAGCGAGCCCCGGGACCUGGGUGGCCGGGACGACCUCCUGUACAAUGUCAUCUGCAAGAAGUGCCAUGGGGUCCCUGGGCCCGGGGGUGCCUCGGCCUGCUCACGCUGUGACGACAACGUAGAGUUUGUGCCUCGGCAGCUGGGCCUGACAGAGCGCCAGGUCCACAUCAGCCACCUGUUGGCCCACACACGCUACACCUUUGAGGUGCAGGCAGUCAACGGUGUCUCGGGCAAGAGCCCUCUGCCGCCCCGCUACGCGGCUGUGAAUAUCACCACCAACCAGGCUGCCCCGUCUGAAGUGCCUACACUCCACCUGCACAGCAGCUCAGGCAGCAGCCUGACACUGUCCUGGGCCCCCCCCGAGCGGCCCAACGGCGUCAUCCUGGACUAUGAGAUGAAGUACUUUGAGAAGAGUGAGGGCAUCGCCUCCACGGUGACCAGCCAGAAGAACUCUGUGCAGCUGGACGGGCUGCGGCCCGAGGCUCGCUAUGUGGUCCAGGUCCGCGCCCGCACCGUCGCUGGCUAUGGGCAGUACAGCCGCCCAGCGGAGUUUGAGACCACAAGUGAGAGAGGCUCCAGUGCCCUGCAGCUCCAGGAGCAGCUGCCCCUCAUUGUGGGCUCGGCCACGGCUGGGCUUGUCUUCGUGGUGGCCGUGGUGGUCAUUGCUGUUGUCUGCCUCAGGAAACAGCGCCAUGGCUCGGAUUCAGAAUACACGGAGAAGCUGCAGCAAUAUAUCGCUCCUGGAAUGAAAGUUUAUAUUGACCCUUUUACCUACGAGGACCCUAAUGAGGCCGUGCGGGAGUUUGCCAAGGAGAUCGAUGUGUCCUGCGUCAAGAUUGAGGAGGUGAUUGGAGCUGGGGAGUUUGGGGAAGUGUGCCGGGGUCGACUGAAACAGCCCGGCCGCCGGGAGGUGUUCGUGGCCAUCAAGACGCUGAAGGUGGGCUACACUGAGAGGCAGCGACGGGACUUCCUAAGUGAGGCCUCCAUCAUGGGUCAGUUUGACCACCCCAACAUAAUCCGGCUGGAGGGCGUGGUUACCAAAAGUCGGCCAGUCAUGAUCCUCACCGAGUUCAUGGAGAACUGUGCCCUGGACUCUUUCCUCCGGCUCAACGAUGGACAGUUCACAGUCAUCCAGCUGGUGGGCAUGUUGCGGGGCAUUGCUGCCGGCAUGAAAUACCUAUCCGAGAUGAACUAUGUGCACCGUGACCUGGCUGCCCGCAAUAUCCUUGUCAACAGCAAUCUGGUCUGCAAAGUCUCAGACUUUGGCCUCUCCCGCUUCCUGGAGGAUGACCCCUCUGAUCCUACCUACACCAGCUCCCUGGGUGGAAAGAUCCCCAUCCGCUGGACUGCCCCAGAGGCCAUAGCCUAUCGGAAGUUCACCUCUGCUAGUGACGUCUGGAGCUACGGAAUCGUCAUGUGGGAGGUCAUGAGCUACGGAGAGCGACCCUACUGGGACAUGAGCAACCAGGAUGUCAUCAAUGCCGUGGAGCAGGAUUACCGGCUGCCCCCACCCAUGGACUGCCCCACAGCACUGCACCAGCUCAUGCUGGAUUGCUGGGUGCGGGACCGGAACCUCAGGCCCAAAUUCUCCCAGAUUGUCAACACCCUGGACAAGCUCAUCCGCAAUGCUGCCAGUCUGAAGGUCAUUGCCAGCGCCCAGUCUGGCAUGUCACAACCCCUCCUGGACCGCACGGUCCCGGAUUACACAACCUUCACGACAGUUGGUGACUGGCUGGACGCCAUUAAGAUGGGGCGGUACAAGGAGAGCUUCGUCAGCGCGGGGUUUGCAUCCUUUGACCUGGUGGCUCAGAUGACCGCAGAAGACCUGCUCCGGAUCGGCGUCACCUUGGCUGGCCACCAGAAGAAGAUCCUUAGCAGUAUCCAGGACAUGCGGCUGCAGAUGAACCAGACGCUGCCCGUGCAGGUCUGACACCCAACUCCCACCGGGUGUGUGUGCCCCUCAAGGAUUACGCAGGGACGCUGACCGGUCGGCUGGACUAUUAGACUUUUGGAUGCCUGGCCUUAGGCUGUGGCCCAGAAGAUGAAAGUUUGGGGAGGCCCAAGCUGGGACUUCUCCUCCAGGCCUGUGCUCCCUCCCCAGAAAGUGUGCCCCAAACCUCUUCAUAUUGAAGAUGGAUUAGGAGAGGGGUGAUGACCCCUCCUCAAGCCCCUCGGGGGCCCAGGCCUUCCUGUUCUCCAGUGGGGGAUCCCCACCACUUCAGACUUGGCUGUUCUUCAGUGGAGGUCCUGGCAGGAGCAGGUGGGGGAUAAGCCUGGGUUCCAUAGGGCCCAGCCCUGGCAGGGGUCUGGCCCCCCAGGUAGGAAGAGAGCAGUCCCUCCCUCAGGAACUGGAGGAGAGGACUCCAGGAAUGGGGAAAUGUGACACCCCCAUUCCCAAGCCAACUGGCACCUCCAGUUUGCACAGGGACUUGUUCUGGGGGCUGAGGGCCCUGCCCCACCCCCGCCCUUGGUGCUGUCAUAAAAGGGCAGGCAGGGGCAGGCUGAGGAGCAGCCCUUGCCCCCCCAGAGACUGACUCUCAGAGCCAGAGAUGGUUGUGUGUGUGUGUGUGUGUGUGUGUGUGUGUACAGAGAGCGUGGGUGAGCGUGUAAAAGCUUGGCCCUGUGCCCUGCAGUGGGGCCAGCUGGGCCAUCAGCGGAAUAAAGGCAAUAAGACGAU